UGUGCCUUUUCUCUAACCAACUUUCUGGUCACAUUCCUAGUAAGUUGGGGAAUCUGAAAAACCUCACCAAGCUGGAAGUAUCACAUAAUCAACUUAUUAGUUCAACUUCAAUUACUCUAGGGGACUUAACUGAGCUCAAAAUUCUGUACCUUUAUUCUAACCAACUUUCUGGCCCAUACCUAGUGAGCUGGGGAAUCUGAAAAACCUCACUGAACUAGAUUUAUCAGAUAAUAAACUUACUGGUUCAAUUUCAUUUACUCUAGGUGACUUAACUGAUCGAGUUCAAAAUUCUGUUCCUUUUUCUUUAACCAACUUUCUGGUCACAUUCCUAGUGAGUUGGGGAAUCUGAAAAACCUCACUGAAUGGAUAUAUCACAUAAUCAACUUACUGGUUCAAUUCCUGCCUCCCUUAGCAAUUUGAGAAACAUGCAAUUUCUCUAUCUCAGUGCCAUUAAACUUUAUGGUUCUAUUCCCAAAGAACUUGCAUAUUUGGAUAACUUGGCAGAGCAGAUAAUGAGUGAAAAUCAGUUUUUAGGCCAUUUGCCAAUCCAGCUUUGCUGAGGUGGGAAACUUGAGAAUUUCACGGUGAAUAGUACCAAGCUGACAGGGCCAAUACCAAGUAGCUUGAGGAUGUGCUCGAGUUUCAAACUGGUUCACCUUAAUAACAACAGUUUUGCUGGGAAUUUAUUAGAAUCAUUUGGUAUCUAUCCAGAGGUUCAUUGCAUUAAUUUUAGCGACAAUAAAUUUCAUGGUGAAUUCAGCAGUAACUGGGGGAAAUGUAAGAAUUUAACUGAUCUAUGGGUAGCCAGAAAUAAUAUUUGUGGUAGCAUGCCACCAGAGAUUGGAAACAUCAAAGGGCUUCUAGGACUUGAUCUUUCAUCGAAUCAUUUGGUUGGGCAGAUUCCUAAGGAAAUUGGAGUUUUAACCUCUCUGGUGAAUCUUUUUGUUCAAAACAACAACAUUUCUAGCAGUAAACCCAGGGAUCCUAGGUCACAGACAAAAUUAGAGUCCCUUAAUCUAUCAGGCAAUAGAUUUAUUGGGUCGAUCCUAAUUUUUUUAGAAGAUUACGUGCACUUAUUUUAGUUGAACCUGAGCAACAACAAAUUUGGGCAGAAAAUCUCUUGUUGGAGAAAUACCCCCAGAUCUAGCCAAUUUGAAUAGCUUGGUAAGCUUAAAGCUUUCUCACAAUGGCCUCUCUGGUCGUAUUCCUGAAGAACUUAAAUUUUUGACUGGUUUGCAAGAUGUCGUGUUGUGAGUUGGAAGGUCCAAUCCCUAAUAAUAAAUCUUUUAUCAAUGCCUCAUUGAAGGGUAAUAAAGGUCUUUGUGGAAAUGUAACAGGACACCAACCCUGCGAAAGGUCAUCUUCGGUGGUGAAGAAGUACUCAAUGGCGAAGAAACGUAAACUCAUCUUCAUCACCGUACUUCCUGUUAUGGGAGGAAUAGUACUACUAUGUGGUUUCAUUGGUGUUCUAUUUAUGUGUGAUAAAAGAAGGAAAGUUAGAUACGUUGAAAGACGUGGUGAUGGUUGGGUUUCGAUAUCCACGUUAGAUGGAAAGGCAUUGUACAGAGAUAACUUAAACGCCACAGAGGAGUUUGAUGCAACAUUUUGCAUCGGGCAAGGAGGGAAUGGAAGCGUUUACAAAGUAAACCUUCCAUCAUUAGGGAAUAUAGCUAUGAAGACACUUCAUUCUUCAUUUGAGAAUACACAUCCUAAAAGUUUUAUGAAUGAAGUAAGGGCAUUGAUUGGAAUGAAGCACCGGAACAUCGUGAACCUCUACGACUAUUUUUCGAAUGCACAAAACUCGUUGUUGUUUUACGAGUAUGUGGAUUGGGGGAGUUUGUCCAGCAUUUUGAGAAAUGAAGUUGAGUCCAAGAAAUUGGAUUGGCUUAAAAGGGUGAAUAUCAUCAAAGGUGUUGCUUUUUCUUUGUCUUACAUGCACCAGGAAUGCUCACCACCGAUCGUUCAUCGUGACAUAUCAAGCAUUAAUGUUUUGCUUGAUUCCGAGUAUGUAGCUCGUGUUUCUGAUUUUGGCAUAGCUAAGCUUCUCAAGCCAGACUCAUCUAAUUGCACUGCGCUUGCAGGUACGUGUGGAUAUGUUGCACCUGGUAAAGUCUAGUUCAAUUAUUAUCCUUGUUUUUAUUCUUCAUGAACUAUAGCCAAAGACUCCAUAUUGUUUUUAUCUCAUUUACACGUUUAAAUUUAAUACUUGUUUGGAAAUUGUCUUGUUUUAGAGCUUGCUUACACAAUGAAGGUUACAAAAUUGUGUGAUGUCUAUAUCUUUGGCGUAUUAGCAUUGGAGAUAAUAAAAGCAAAGCAUUUUGGGGAGUACAUUACUCUGCUAGCAAAUUCAUCAACUAGUGAUCAUGUGCAGCUUAGCGAUUUGCUAGAUGAACGCAUUUCACAUCCUGAAAAUGAAGUAAAAGAGGUUUUGGUAUUUAUCAUCAAGCUAGCAAGCUCUUGUUUGCUUGAAACUCCAAAAUCAAGGCCAAUAAUGUACUUCAUCUCUCAUAAGUUAUCAUCAAUGGAUCCACGUCGACCUACUCAUCAGAUAAACCCCCAUGUAAGGCGAGCUAUAUAACCCAUGAUGGCUGAUACGUAAGGUGUCUUUGUAUGGAAAUGAAUAACCUGCAUCACCCAGUGGUUGUGACGUAAGUAGUUUAAUGUGAAAGUCCCUCAAAAAAUUAUUACCAGGACUAGUAUUGUUUUAUCCUUAGAUUACUAAUCUAGUUUACUGUACUAGAGUUAAUACAUUGUAAAUUUGUAAUGUAGAAGGUAAUUAUUUAAUCUCCUCGUGAAAAAAUUAAUAAAACAAGCUUAGAUCAAGUUUGCUAAGUAGUACUGAUGCUAUAGUGGGAUUGCUUUGCAUAAUUCUCAUAGCACAUGAAAAAUCUCAAACCGUGUGCUCUGCAUUGAACUAUGACUGCUUAAGGGAAAUAAAGUAUCACUGCUUACACAUAAUAAUCAAGCUGUUGACAUGAGCUUUAAUAGCCAGCACAUUAAGGCCUUGUGCUAUCUCGGUUCUCAUGAGUGCUUUUGAGAACGAGCUCAAUUCUCAUAGGAAGCGGCCUACCUCCACACUCACAUAGGUGAAUUCUGUCAAUGGUGCUCCUAUAACUUUAACACCCCACUCAUACGAGUUACAGAAUUUCAUUAAGAGUUUAUAGACUCAACCUCCACAAAUCGUUACAGAAUAAUGCACUCACACCAUUGGGAGUGAAUAAAAAUAAUAUUAGUGCACUUCACAACGAGUCAUCAUAUGAUUCGUUUUUUCCAUUGAACCUGGUUAUAGGAUCUCUUGUCCCCAGGUUGGGUUUUCUCUUACAUGACUUAGAAAUUUUCGGUAUUUAAUCCCAUCCCCCUCGAUGUGCUUCAGACCCUCUCUUGCAAAGGCCUUUGUCUAUAAAUCUGCAAGAUUAUCACAAAUUUACACAAUCAAUAUUUAUGGUAUACCAAUUUUCACAAACAAUCUCGCAGUAUUAUAUGAAUUUACCGUUGUGAUAACAGUAUUGAACUCUACCAAUAAUUUUAAUGUUAUCACAAUAAAUCAAAGUUAGAGUAUUGAUUUCUCAAAGCCUCCAUGGUAGAGUUAGUAAUAUUAUUUUUUCAACAAAUAGCACAAAGUAUUCUUAUCUGCAUCAAUAAAAAAAAACUUUGGGUACAACAAGAUAUUUUUUUUAUUUAAAAAGAAACCAAAAUUUUGCUUACCAAGUAUAUAUACCUGGUUUGUUUGUACCUGUUAAGUACUUUUACUACAUACACAAUAUUAGUUCAAGUGUAGUCAGUCACAUGUCUCAUAUUUAGGCUAGCAUACGCCUUUUUGAUUUAUCACAAUUUUUCACUUUGAAUUGGAAUAUAUAAACACUUAACCAAAAGGAAUUGCAACACAUGUACAAUCUACAAAAUUGUACCUCACAAUUUUCUCAAUAUAAUGUGACUGGUUAAGAAUAGUUUUAUCACAUGUUUUUUAUAUUUUUCAUUCCAACAAUGAAUUUGCCUCACUCAAAUUUCUCAUUCCAAUUACUCUAGGUGACUUAACUGAGCUCAAAAUUUUGUACCUCUAUUCUAACCAACUUUCUGGUCCCAUUUCUAGUGAGUUAGCGAAUCUGAAAAACCUCACUGAACUGGAUUUUUCAGGUAAUCAACGUACUGGUUCAAUUCCAUUUACUCUAGGUGAGUUAACUGAGCUCAAAAUUUUGUACCUUCAUUCUAACCAACUUUUCGGGUCUCAUUCCUAGUGAGUUAGGGAAUCUGAAAAACCUCAUUGAUUUGGAAUUAUCUAGUAAUCAGUAUUCGGGUUCAAUUCCAAUUACUCUAGGUGACUUAACUGAGCUCAAAAUUUUGUAUCUUUUUUCUAACCAACUUUCUGGUCACAUUCCUAGUGAGUUGGGGAAUCUGAAAAACCUCACCAAGCUGGAUUUAUCACAUAAUCAACUUACUGGUCCUAUUCCAAUUACUAAGGUGACUUAACUAAGCUCAAAAUUUUGCACCUUUAUUAUAACCAACUUUCUGGUCCCAUCCCUAGUGAGUUGGGGAAUCUGAAAAACCUCACUGAACUGGAUUUAUCAGAUAAUCAACUUACAAGUUAAAUUCUAAUUACUCUAGGUGACUUAACUGAGCCCAAAAUUCUGCACCUUUUUUCUAACCAGCUUUCUGGUCACAUCCCUAUUGAGUUGGGGAAUCUAAAAAACCACAUUUAACUGGAUUUAUCAGAUAAUCAACAUACUGGAUCAAUUCCAAUUACUCUAUGUGACUUAACUGAGCUCAAAAUUCUGUACCUUUUUUCUAACCAACUUUCUGGUCACAUUCCCAGUGAGUUGGGGAAUCUGAAAAACCUCACCAAGCUAGAUUUAUCACAUAAUCAAAUUAGUGGUUCAAUUCCAAUUACUCUAGGUGACUUAACUGAGCUUAAUAUUAUGUACCUUUAUUCUAACCAACUUUCUGGUUCAUUCCUAGUGAGUGGGGGAAUCUAAAAAACCUCAUUGGACUGGAUUUAUUAGAUAAUCAACUUACUGGUUCAAUUCCAAUUACUCUAGGUGACUAACUGAGUGCAAAAUUCUAUACCUUUUUUCUAACCAACUUUCUGGUUACAUUCCUAGUGAGUUGGGGAGUCUAAAAUCCUCACGAAGCUGGAUUUAUCACAUAAUCAACUUAGUGGUUCAAUUCCAAUUAGUCUAGGUGACUUAACUGU